AUGGGUGUCAAGUUGUUAUUCAUCUUUGGCCUAUUGAUCUUAGCUAUGGUAGCUAAAUCCGUCAAUGCGACCUACCCAUUGACUAAAUCUUGCAUAAACGGGCAAGGUUGCAUCGGAGAUGACGAUGAGCUCGAAUCUCUAAUGGAUUCGGAGACAAACCGUCGUCAGCUCGCAAGGGGACGACGUUACAUUGGCUAUGAUGCUCUCAAAAAGAACAAUGUGCCUUGCAAUAGACGUGGCCGAUCUUACUACGAUUGCAAGAAGAGGAGAAGGAAUAAUCCUUAUAGGCGUGGAUGCAGUGCGAUCACGCAUUGCUAUAGGUACGCUAAAUGA